GGCCCGCUGCUCGGCCAUGUCGCGGCCGCUGUUCGUGCUGCUGUUCGUCGUGGUGGUGGUUGCGGCGUCGUCCGAAUCGCGCCAGCACAGCGACCGCGGUCCCUGGUCGUGGAGGAGACGUUGCAAGGCGCUGCUGCUGCUGGGCCAACAGCAGCCCAGGCAGCACCGGCGGAGGCACGAGCCCUUGGCCGUUCACCGACUGCGCAAGGCUUUCCUGCGAGCACGAACCCAGCAGCGGCGACGCAAGCCAGCGACGGGCACUGCCGACGGAGGCAACGCCGUGGCCACGGGUGACCUCUGCCAGGCGCUGCUGCGGAGGCCCUGGAAUAAGUCCCGCCGCAGAAGACUUCUUGGCCGGCGCCGUAGGCUCGAUGUGACUGAUGAACACCAAGCCAACUCCGGCAUCUCUCCCGGCUCGCCGGAACACGGUGGCGACGACUCGUGCUCACGCACCACGUGCCGCUUUGGUGCCGAGUGCCACAGCGACAGGGGCCAGGCGUACUGCCGCUGCCGCCUCUCGUGCGCCGACCAGCUGUUCGCACCUGUGUGCGGUUCCGAUGGCUUCACCUACUCGUCGGAGUGCCGACUACGCAUGACCGCCUGCAUCCGCCAGAAAAGGAUCGUCGUCGCACACCAGGGCUCGUGCGAUGUCGCCGACCCGUGCCUGGAGAAGCGGUGCGAGUGGGGCGCCGAGUGCCGCCCAACGCUGGACGGACGCGGCGCCGACUGCGUCUGCCCCGACAAGUGUGUCUCGUACGGGGACGCCCGUGGUUCGAGACCCGUGUGCGGCUCGGACGGCCGCGAUUACCCGAACAGCUGCGAACUGCGCAGGGCGGCCUGCAACGCCAUGCGGGACGUCCAGCACCGUUUCACGGGACCCUGCGACCCGUGCCGUGGCGUGCAGUGCCCGGCAUCGCAAGUGUGCCAGCUGGAUGAGCAGCGCAACCCGAUCUGCCGCUGCAACGGUGCCUGCCCCGGGGAUCUGCGGCCCGUUUGUGGGUCCGACGGACGCACCUAUCCCAACGAGUGCCUGCUGCGAGUCGAAGCGUGCCGCUCGCGCAGGUCCCUGCGGCUCGUGUAUGCGGGCGCCUGCUCGCAAGGCCUGAACCCCUGCGGAGACCUGCAGUGCCCGUUCGAGUGCUCCAUCGACCGAUUCGGAAAGGCCUCGUGUACCUGCCCGCCUCCUUGUGAACAGGUGCUGCGCCCCGUUUGCGGCUCGGACGGCAAGAGCUACGACUCGGCGUGCCACCUGCGGCGCGAGGCAUGCCUAGCGGGAGACGCCGAGCUGCGGAUCUCGUAUGCGGGACCAUGCGACGCGGCCGCGCCCUGCCACGGCUACCGCUGCCCGCCGGGCGCCUUCUGCGCGCCCGACGGCAGCGGCCAGCCGUCGUGUCACUGCCCGCCCUGCUCGGAGGAGUUCGAGCCCGUGUGCGGCUCAGACGGAAUUUCGUACCCCAACGAGUGCAAGCUCAGGCGCGAGACCUGCCAGCGGAGCACGGCCCCGGGAGGCUCUGCGCUGCCUCCCGUGGCCGUCGCGCACCCGGGACUCUGCUCGGACCCGUGUGACGGCCGCCAGUGCCCCUUCUAUGGUGUCUGCGAGGGUGGCGCCCGCUGCGGAUGCCCGCCGCCGUGCCCGUCUCCCGUGGACGACCCGGUGUGCGGCUCGGACGGCCUGACGUACGCCAACGAGUGCGAGCUGCGGCGCGCGUCGUGCCGCCACCAGCGGGCCAUCGCGGUGGCGUCCCGGGGCGCCUGCGACGUGUGCCGCGGAGUGCACUGCGAGCUGGGCGCGCGCUGCGAGAGCGGCGUGUGCGUGUGCCCGCGGGACUGCCCCGAAGGGCUGGAGCCCGUGUGCGACACCCGGGGCCAGCCGUACGCCAACGAGUGCCAGCUGCGCAGGGCCUCGUGCCAGCAGGGCCGCGACUUGGGGCCGCCCAGGCCCUGCGCGGGCGCUGGCCUCGACCAGGACGGCGGCAGCGGCGACGGGUGCAGCUGCCGCUUCGGCGCGGCGUGUGCGCCCAACGGAGACUGCCAGUGCGACAUCCACUGCGACACGGUGGGCCACGGAGCCGUGCGGGUGUGCGCCACGGACGGCUUCUGGUACCCGAGCAGCUGCCACGUGCAGCAGGAGGCCUGUCGCCGCCAGAAGGACAUACGGCCAGCGGACGGGUCCGAGUCGUGCGCCGGGGGCAACAAGAAGGGGCCCAAGACUUGCGCCCAGAGCGCGUUCGGCUGCUGCUCGGACGGAGUGACGCCCGCGCUGGGAGUCCACCAGGCCGGAUGCCCCAGCGUGUGCAACUGCAACCGGCUUGGCUCGCUGGCGGCCACGUGUGACGCGCUGAGCAGCCAGUGCGCCUGUAAGCCCGGCGUCGGUGGCCAGAGGUGCGACCGGUGUCUGGCCGGCUACUGGGGGCUGCACCGCAUCGCCGACGGCGUCAACGGCUGCUCGCCCUGCCAGUGCUCGCCGCUGGGCUCAGUGCGCGAUGACUGCGAACAGAUGACCGGACGCUGCGUCUGCAAGCACGGCGUCCAGGGCAUGAAGUGCACCGAGUGCACGGAUCCCGGGUCACUGCUGGGCAGCCAUGGUUGUGCCUCGUCGCCUUCGCCGCCACCCAGCUGCGAGCAGUGCACGGGCGGACCCGAGGAAGGCGGGCCCGUCUGUGGCUCUGACGGCAACACUUACGCGUCGGCCUGCCAGCUGCGCCAGUUUGUGUGCCGCCUGCAGCGAAACUUGACCGUGCGCAGCCCGGGGCCCUGCGACGAGGCUCCCUCUCCGACGGCAGGGCCCGUUCGAAGGUCGACGGCUCACAGAGACGCCGGCCUCGACUCCGAGUUCCAGGGUUGGUUCGAAGGCAGCCCAGGAGGCGACCCAGUGGCCGGGUUCCCGCCGCUUAGCACGAGACCAACGGCGGCCACUGAUGAGCCACAGGAAGGCCGCCCUCCGGUUGCCGAAGAGGAGGAGGAGGAGGACAUCCGGGGUGACGAAGAGCGAGCGCCGCCGGAGUCCCCGCUGCAGCCGCUGCGCGUGCCCCAGUUCUCGGGCCGCUCUUUCCUGGAGCUGCACCGGCUGCAGGCCUACACGGGCCUGUCGCUCGAGCUGGAGCUGAAGGCGGACGCACCAGAUGGGUUGCUUCUGUACAACGGCCAGACCGCCUCGGGGGCCGGGGACUUCGUGUCGCUGGCGCUUCGAGACGGACACCUCGAGUUCCGCUACAACCUCGGCUCCGGGCCCGUGCUGCUGCGCGCGCCCAAGCCGCUCACCAUGGGACGCUUCCACCGGGUGGUCGCCAAGCGUUACCUGAAGGACGGCUUCCUGACGCUGGACGGCGAGGCCGACAUUCGCGGUCGAUCGGGGGGCCUGCUGCAGUCCCUGGACCUCGCCGAGAACCUGUUCGUUGGCUGGCUUCCGGGCCCACGCGGCCUGGGACCACCUGCGGGCGUCCUGGACAACGUGGGCGGCGUGGAGCGUGGCUUCCGGGGCUGCCUGCGUCGGCUGCGGCUGGGCAAACGCGACGUCCGCCUGUCGGGCGCAUCGCGCGACGUGCUGCGCGCCGUGCGCCUCAAGGAGUGCGGCCCGCCGUGCGGGCCUUGCCUGAAUGGGGCGACCUGCCUCGACCACGGAGCGGGCAACUACAGCUGCCUGUGCGCGCCAGGAUUUCAGGGCGCCCAGUGCGAGCGUCCGCGCCGUCGUGCGUGCGAGCCGGACCCGUGCGGCUUGGGAGCCUCGUGCCUCGCUCGCGGCAGCGCCUUCUCGUGCCGCUGCCCCGCGGGCCGCAGUGGCCGCCUGUGCGAGGGCCGAGCGGCGGUGCCGGACUUCGCGGCCGACGGAUACCUGGAGCUGCCGCGCCUGCACAACGUGGGACAGGCAUUCUCCCUCGAGCUGUGGUUCCUCACCAGGGCUCCGCAGGGUCUCUUGCUCUACAACGGCGGAGGAUCCUCGGGCCGAGGUGACUUCCUGGCACUGCGACUUGAAGCCGGACGUGUGCAAUUCCGAUACGACUUAGGUUCUGGGGCAGCGAACGUUUCGGGAUCUGUACUGCUCGUGUCCCCCAAUGAAGUGACUCUGAACCAAUGGCACGUGGUGCGUGUGACGCGCACUCGCAGAGAAGGCUCCUUACAGCUCGACGAUGGACCCACGGUGCACGGAGAAUCGAGUGGCCCGCUGAGCGAACUAAACCUGGAGCAGCCGCUGUUCCUCGGCGGGCUGCCGCCGGAGGCCGCGAUGAGCGCCGACGCGGGACCCCGCUCGCCCGGUCUGGACGGGGCGCUGCAGCGUCUGGUGCUCAACGGGGAUGCCUGGGCCGACCUGGUGGCACGGGCGGCUGCCUCGGAACGCGUCUCCGAGCAUCGUGGUCCACCGUGCAUGGGCGGCGGAGCAGCGGGACCCUGCCUCAACGGGGGCAUCUGUCUGCCCCAGCUGGCCGCACACUCGUGCCUGUGCCCGGCGCGCUUCGGCGGUGCCCUGUGCGAGCUCGCCUUCGACGAGGCCCAGAGGAGACCCGUCGCCUUUCGGGGAACUUCGUUCCUGCACUUCCGGCACGGCUCUAGGGAGCCUGGCGUCGACGAAGAGCCGUUAGGCGGUGCCCCAGAGAACGAGGUGGAGAUUCGCUUCCGCAGCAGGGAGCCUCGCGGCCUGCUGCUCUGGACGGGUGGCCGUGGAGACCACAUGGCGCUCGCGCUGGACCAAGGCCGGCUGGUCGUCUCGUACGACCUGGGCGCUCGGCGACAGGAACUGUGGUCCGAGUCGCGGCUCGACGACGGCCGCUGGCACACGGCGCGGCUACAGCGUCAGGGCCGCCUGGCCACCCUUGUGGUGGACGGUGCGAAGCCGUUGAGCUCCAGCGCUGCCCCCGGCGCCACGCAGCUCAACACGGACGGGCUGCUGUGGCUGGGCGGCUGCCCCAAGCUGCCGCCCGGGCUGCCGGCCGCGCUCUACUUGGGCUUCGUGGGCUGCAUACAGGAGGCGACCGUCGACGGGCGCCAACUGGCGCUCGCAGGCCCGCCGUGCUCCUCCGACCCCGUCACCUGAAGGCGCAUCGCUACAGUCUCACGCCAAGAGGGGCAGCACGGAAGAAAAAGCCAGGCGCUCGUAUUUUGCGCCUUUCUUCGUUGCACGCAGUCACGUGCAGUGACCGAAAGGGGCUACUUUUUCUCAAGCUGCAGGUGAUGCGCUCCUAGCGAGCCAGACGCAUCAUAGGCCGAGCCGACCACCGAACGGUAUAGCUUUGACGGAAAACAAUCGCGCGGUUCUUUUCCUCUUGGGCUUCCCAUCUGGAGUAGCUGCGCACUACGCACAUUGAGGACAUUUCAACGAUGUUGAAGCAUCCACAGGCAACCGCACUUGUAGCGUCAAUAAUUAUAGAACUGCUUUGGGACCUAGCAUCAAGGUGUAAUCAAAGAUGGGAUGCCACCACUACCAACUCUACCGUGAUGUGCUCGGAGAGCAAACAAGAAUUCAAAGAGCUUAUUUACUUAUGCGCACAUGUUGCUCAUAGCCGCUGCCACAGGCGCGCGGCCACCCCGUUACGCGGUGAUAGCUGUUACCAUUGUUCUUUCGUUUACUUUUUGUGUUGAGUUCAUUACGAUGUUAGGUGGCAGUUAUGAUUCGUUGUUAAUGAGGUCAGGGCACCUGUUCACUUGGACAUGCAUAUUCUUGCAGUUUCUUUUUGCUACAAAGAGGAGUUUCACCUCAGGGUAGCUACAGUAGUGUAGUGUGACAUCUCUUUAUGUACAUUCUGAUGCGUACGACUAGGGAGCGUCACCCCAAAGCAUCUGCUUGCAUCUUCGAGAGCGUCGGCACGGAUUGGCCCUGACAGAGAGUGUUCAUCAGUGGCCCAGAACUUUACCGUGCCUUUUUCUUGGUCCGUAUUGCGUCACAUCUGAGUUCUCGGCUGCCGUUACCACAGUCUUCCAUAAACGUGCCUCUUGAUGAUUUGCGGGUUACUCGGCCUGCGAGAAACAUGCCCAGAGCUAUCGCUGGUUCCUGCGCUGCUGAUCACUGUUGGCCGUGCCACUUACGGACUCUGCAAUGUUCCGACCAACAAUCGACGUUGUGGUUCAGCAUGCCGAUGUCGUCGCCAAUAAUAAAUACUAUAGUGAACUUGGAGUUACUGUGAAGAAAAAGCUCGUGCGUUAUACAAGGGCAAUAACAGACUUUGUGCAACUCUUGUACCAGCUCCGUGAGACAGUGCUGCAUAGCAAAUGAACUUGUGACUGUGCGUGGACUCACUCGCCUGGUGUGCAAUGGUUGUAUUAUGCCGCUUGUCAAUUUACCGUUAGUAUGCGUACCCAGCCACGAUAUGUCGUGCUUACGUAGUAGAAAUAUUCACGACUAGCGACAAA